AUGGCUAGGCCGGAAAGCGAAUUGGAUAAGCCGCACCACGUGCCCGAUGCAGAAGCUAUCAUGAAUCUGUCCAGAAACCUGAAUGCCCCUUUUCCUCCUACCGUCCCCGAAUUACCUCGCGAGCAUUCUGACCGAAGUCUUGACGAAGUUUUUUCUAAUUCUGCAGAUGAGUCUGAGACCGAGCUCAUAAGGACAUCUCGACGACAGCGCCUGACCCAGAGUUUUCGGAAACGUUCAGCUUCUAUCAAAUCCAAUCUUAGUUUCACCAAAAAGGAGAAAAAGGACUCUGACUCUUCUUUCGACCUUUGCAGUCGACCCAAUUCAAGGAGUGGAUCAGUGCCGCCUCUAUCUGCAUCAACCGCGAACUCUCCCCGUCAUUCUUCGUCCCAAGGGGCCUCACAUUCUUCAUCAAAUUCAUCCAUAUCGAGCGGGCAGCGUAUCAGUCCGACUCGACACUCUGAGAUAGUCACCGUACUUCCAACCUGCACGGAGCUAUCUCCCGAAGAGCUCCCUCUACGUCAAAGCCCUGAGCCUCUGGCCGGCGGGCUUAGCCCACAAUCUGCGGCUGGGACUGAGAUUGCAAACAAACUAAGCCAAUUUCGACUGGCACAACCACCGAUUAUGGCUGCACGCAAGCAAUCUUCGUCCCUCGAUCCCGGGGCGGCCUAUCGCCGACAAUCAUUUGUCGAGCAUACUAACCGAACUCAACAAAUGGCUGUCAAGGAAGAGCACGAUAUUCGUCAAGCUAUGGCUAAAAAGGGUCAUCAAUUUCCACACUAUAGGUUCCUGGAUUUUAUCGGAAAGGGCACAUAUGGGAGAGUUUUUCACGCACAUGAUCUCAGUCACGAUCCACCUCUCGAAGUCGCAAUCAAAAUCAUGAACAUCGAUGAUGUAGACUACGAAGCACAUAUUCAGGCAAAAGAUGAUGCUUUGAAUGACGUUCGUAAAGAGAUUCAGGUCCUCAUGCAACUGAAAGAUCACGGCGCCCAGAAUGUUAACCUUAUCCUCGAUGUUUUGGAGGUCGAGCGCUACCUAUGGCUAGUCUGCGAAUUCUGCCCAGGAGGUAGUCUCCGAACAUUGUUACGAGCGACAAGCUAUCGCUGUCCGACCAAAUAUAUGAGGACCAUUGCAAGAGAGCUAGCGAGGGGCAUUAGAUCCAUCCACGAUGCCAACAUCAUACACAGAGAUUUGAAAGCUGCAAAUGUCAUGAUUCACAAAGCAGGGGGUUUACAGAUCAUCGACUUUGGUGUUGCAGGAAUGGUGGAAUCAAAAGCCGACAAAAGGAAAACACGCAUAGGGACCCCCUUUUGGAUGCCACCGGAGCAACAUGGACGAUUGGCGCAAGAAGAGAAGCUUCAUUACGGGUUCGAAGUCGAUAUAUGGUCCUAUGCGGUGACACUCUACGAAAUAGCGACAGGUGCCCCACCGCACUCCAAAUUGCCAGCAAAUCGAUUGGAAACUGCCCUAAAACGAAACCCACCACGCCUUUCUGAAAAUGAGUUUCCAAAAGACCUCUGUCAAUUUAUUGAGUACGUUGCUCAGACCAACCCGCUAGACCGACCCUCCGUGCACGAUAUCUUGGAGCAUCCAUACUUGGUCAAUUCUGACGAAAAUCUGCCAACUUCCGUCUUAACGGAACUGGUUACAAAAUUUGAGGAUUGGCACUUUUCUGGAGGCCAGAGGACUUCGCUCUUCGCACCGAGUGGGGCACAGUCCGCGAUGGAGUAUGAGUCUGGCAACGACAUGUCUGAUGAGAUAGAUUUCAUUUUCGGCACCUCUCGCGAUCUCGCAGCCGGAAAUGAUUCUGACCUUUACGCAUUUUCAACCCAAUUUGAAGAUGUACAGCCCUCACCAACUUCGCAGGACUCGUCUUUUUCUGACAAUUCGGAACUUGGCAGUUUGGAUGAUUUUGCAAUGGAUCCACAGGACGACUUCACAAGUAGGCCCGCUAAGCAUACUCUACAGCAAAGCUUUGGCUCAGAAAGCAGAGAUCCAAGUAAUGAACGCCGCGUGGUACGCGGUGGCCACGCUCUUGAAGCAAUCUUCAACGCGAAACAGCAACCCUAUGGCGCGAGCCGGCCAAAGUCCGAUCUGCCUUUGCGCGACAGCAAUGAUUCGUCUGACCUUGCAAGGAAAGAAGUUGACUACAACCAAACUUCGGCUUCAAGGUCCGAAGUUGAAUUAGCAGAUGCAGACACCAUCAAAUCAAAGCGUAAGCAGCAGGCAAAAGACAGACAAACAAUUUCAGGGUGGCAAUUUGAUUACGAUAAUAUUGAAGCGAACAUGAACAAUGACGCCGACACUGAGUUAGACCCACAGACAGGUCCUCCUUCCGCUUUCCCUCUCCGUCCCACCCUCAUGCAUGCUGAGACGGCGCCCGAUCAAGUUACCCAAAUGUCUCAGGCUCAAUCUCGCGCCUCUACAGCAACUAUGGAUCUUGACGAUUUGAUGGGCGAUGAGUUGAACGAUUGGCAGUCAAAUAGCGCAAUGGGUAGAUCCCCCACCGGACUGUCAACUCCCCUUGACGACGAAGAUAUGACGAUUCGACAUAAUAUCACAGAUCUCACAGAUUCGUCGUUUCCAUCCUAUGCGUCGUCCGUGACUGACACGUCUGCGUCCGAAGAUGAAUCAAUAACAGCCUAUGAUCAUGAAGUCAAUGAUUACACAAGAGGUAGGAAACCGGUGCAAUAUUCAAAUAUGCAUGCAGACAUUCAACCUCCAAGUGCUGAAGCUAUGCGCGAUGAUGCUCCUCCUGAGGUUGUGGAAAUGGAAAUGAGGAGGCUCCUCAGUGGGUUCAUGGGGGAAUUGGCUGCAAUAGCUGACGAAUUCCCGACUGAAAAAGACGUCGGUGACGGCGAACAGGAUCUAGAGGAAGAAGAUGGGCCAGAGACGGCGCACGAAAAUACUGCAAACGGCAAUGUUUCAAGCUUUUCUUGA